AUGCAGCCCCAAAUCUAUGGCCCAUCCCCCUACUUCUCCUCGCCCUUCAGCCACGCAUCCGAAUUCCUCGAAUUCGCCCAGCGCUCAGAGACAUUCAGGCGACACCCAGAAAUGCUCAAGGUGGAGUCUGACAUGGAGGACGUGGGGCAAGACUCAGCAGCUUUCUGGCCCGAGAAGAUGUUGGAGUGGGUGUGGAGCAGGCCGGGGGAAUAUCCAGAGUUGCAAAGAUGUGCGCAGGGGUCCGAGAAUGCGAUCCUGAGUAGCUGA